AUGACAGGCAUGACGAGGGUCGUGAUCGUACAGGACGUCAACAUCACGCAAAAGUAUCAAGAGCUUUUGCGCAAACUGACGACAAUGGGCGGCGAGAAGGUCGGACGUCACGUGGUGCACUGCCGACUGUUCAACCGCAAGACGCUCACGGAUGGCUACACCAACCAGCGCAUGUUCAUGCUACGCAUGUCUCAAAACGACGACCUCGUGUACACGGUACUGGCCAAUGAGAAGGCGCGUGGACUGGCGGCCAGUGACAACGGGGUAGAAGGGCUCACGGAGGACUGCUCGUUGCUCGAGUGUGGUCUGGAUGGAGCUAAUAUCCUGCAGCAAGUCGAGAUCUACGCUUUCAAGUCGGACGGCCAGUUUGAGGGCACGCAGUACGUCGUGGGGGACUUUCGAGUGAGCGUCUGCACGUUCAUAUCGCGCAACAACUUGCCGCGAGGUCUCAUUGUCGAAGUGCAGUACUCACCGUGCUACACGGUGUCGCACGUGGAUAUGCUGAUUGACGAGUUCCUGGGCAACUUCGCUUCGCACGGUCAGUUGCGCAAGCCCGUGGAAAACAUGUCGGCGCUCUUUGAGAAAGCAGGGCUACCGAACAGUGAGUACAGUCUGAAACACACAGCUCUGCAGUACGUCGCCGCGUUCAAUAUCUUGCGCAAGUUCGAAAAGUAG